UUAUCUUAAAGUAAGAUGAUAUUACACUUCACAGGAUUGGGAUUCAGACCAAUGCCGCCGACGGAGAAUGUGGAGAGCACUUUGAUUUGGUACAGAGGCACCGAUAGUGAAAACUUCAAACACUGGGUUGAUUCACUACAAACUUUCUUAAAAGAUUAUAUAACACCUGGGUCUGUUCUUGGUCUUGGCGCUAACAUUAAUAAAUGCGAUUAUAAUCAGCCUCCACAACCUGGAAAAGUUUGCGAUGUUGAUGUGAAAAACUGGCAUCCUUGCACCAAGGAGAACAGAUAUAACUAUCACAAAUCCGCUCCUUGCAUUUUCCUUAAAUUGAACAAAAUUUAUGGCUGGAGACCAGAUUUUUACAACGAUACUAAAAAUUUGCCGGAAAAGAUGCCACUCGAUCUCAAGGAAUACAUCGCUACUCUGAAGGGAAAUAACUCCUUAGAACUCAACACAAUCUGGGUAUCCUGCGAAGGUGAAAAUCCUGCUGAUCAGGAAAACAUUGGACCAAUUAAUUAUUUGCCGCGACGCGGUUUUCCUGGUUACUUUUAUCCUUAUGAAAAUGCCGAAGGUUAUUUGAGCCCGCUGGUUGCAGUGCACUUUGUCAGACCACGAACUGGAAUUCUGAUAAAUGUCGAAUGCAAAGCGUGGGCAAAAAAUAUCAAGCACAGUCGUAACGACAAAAUCGGCGCAGUCCAUUUCGAGCUGAUGAUAGAUUAACGAAAUCUGAAAACAGCCGUCGGCUGCCUAUGCAAGUCUCUUAAAGUGAAACGAGUGUCUUCGGGACAUUCGAGAUAGUCAUUAGGCAAAUCUUCAUCUUCCAAAUAACAAAAAUGUCAGCAAAUAUCUCACCGAAGUCGACGACAUGCCAUCGACUUUCUGGAUGGCAUUAAUCGUAUAAAACAAAAAGAGUUCUUACAAUAGACGUUCUCAAACUUUUUAAUGGAUUAUACAUAAUAAAAUAAUCAUAAAUUUUGAGAGAUUGCAUAUGUAUAUGCUGAAUGAAGAUAUGUAUAUCGGCGAGGAUAACGACUAAGAAAGAAGAUGCCGAUAUUAAGAAUUAGAGCGAUUUUUGAGAGAUCUUCAUUAAUGAACAUCACUUUUUAGAAUAUCUUUUACAUCAAAUCUGCUGUUUUAGAUUUGUCGUUUUAAUAAUAAUUUAUUCGUACUAAAUUUAUCUAAAAAAAAAUUGUAAAGAAUGUUUUUAGCACGCGUAAAAGACAUUUUUUAUUCUGAUAAUUAAAUGAUCAUGUUUUAUAUCUGUUAUUUUGAGUUUGUCACACACAAUUAAAUUAGUAUUUAACUAUCUCAAGGAUUUUAAGAAUGUAACAGUUUUAUCAUUUAUGAUAUUUAUAUAUGACAAAGUUUUUUUUUUGCGUAAAAAACCUAAUAUAAGAAAGUUGAGAGUUAGUGUUUCAAGUGUCUGUAUUACUAAUUUUGACUGUAUAAUUUGUCGGCACAUUAUUUUGCAUUUAUUAUACUUUAUACUUUAUAUAUUGCCGUUAUUCUCGUUGAUAUCUAGUGCGUAUUUGCAGAUUAAGAAAGUUUUUAUUGCUAAUUAAAUACGUUUUUGUUUAAGUGAAAA